GAGAGAGAGAGAGAGAGAGAGAGCCAUGUCUUCAGGCGAAGGAGUCCCUUCUCCUUCAAUUACAAAGCGUACCUUAUCGUGCCGAACAUGCUUCGACGCUCUCUGGUUUUGUUACUCUCCGGUUCAUCAGAUGCAGCAGUAUUAUAGGCUAGGGACUCUUGAUAACUGCGGCGGAAAAUGGAGUGCUCUGGUGGAUUGUUUAACUCUGAAGACAAAGCCGCAAGCUGAACAGCAGGAAAUUUUGGAAACUCGUGAGAAAGCCAAGACUCACAUAUGGACUUUUCGAACCCCAGAAGAAGCAUCAAAUUUUUGGCAAAAACGAUAUGAAGUCCAGCUUUUUGAUACAGAGAAAGGGGGUAAGCAUAAACAAGAAUCCCAGCUUUAAUAGCCGAGCAAAAAUAGUAAAUGGAAUAAUGGAGAUUUGAUUUCCUAUACAUCUUUCCACUAGUCUGUGGCAUGUGGUGAACCACUGAGUUUAGUUGAAAGAAGUCCUAGACUACUCCGAGGAUGACUUCAAAUUA